AUGGAGAGCUGCAGCUUCCAGAGCCAGCUGCUGUCCGUCAUGGAGGUGCUGGCCAAGGCGGCUGUGGCGGAGAUCAACCGGCGUGUGGAUGACAGCUGCGCGGUGCUCCGGCUGGAGGUGAGCCAGAGCCGGCGGGACAUCGAGCUGCUGAAGACCAAGUGCGAGGUGAUGGAGGCGGAGCUGCGGAGGAGCAGGAUGAGAGCCAGGAGGAAAGCAGGAGAGAGGUGUUCUCCUUUAGUCAAAGUAGUUCUGAGCACAGAAAGUCAGAGCUCAGACUGGGACAGACACAUGGAUGCUGAGGCAGCAGAUCAGCUCCAGCAGUGUGCAGACAUGGAGCCUGUUAAUGAAGCUGAACACAUACACAUCAAAGAGGAGUGUGCAGAGGAGGCCACAUGGAGGACCGACCCAGACCACAAACUGAUCUCUGGAGCUGAGCAGCUGCCAUGUUUCGACGCCACACCACCUGCCCAGACUGACAGCUUUGCAGAGCGUUACCGCUCAGCUGAAAACCCAGCCAACCCUGAAUCUCUGCUUCCCCCAGCAGACGGCUACAACGCUUUCCCAGAGCAGCAGUUUAACAGAAACCAGAAUGAGGCGGCACUCGUAGUGAAACACGAGAAAGAGGAAGGGCCCGACGAGAACGCAGCUCCACUCGAUUCAGCCGCCACAUUUGUGACAGAGGAAGCAGAGGCACAGCUGUGGUCGGCCAAUCUGUGCAGAGACGCUGCUGAUCCAGGCGUCUCGUACGCCGGGCAGCAGUUUGAGCAGAUUCCUGCUGUGUUCGCAUCUCAAACCAGCUUACAUCUGGAGGAUAUGGUGCCCAGAAUUCCUUCAGUGGGGAAAACACACUCUUUGGUGGUGGUGAGUGCAGCUCGGGUGAAAAGACGAGUCAGAAGCUUCGUAUGUAAAAGGCCACAACCGGAUGAAGGACACGGUGCUUUGUCUCAGAUUAAUUCAAUGGAUUCAAGUUUGAUUCAACAGCAUCAGUACAGAGAUUCAGCCCCUCUCACAAGGAACCCAAAUGAGGAUAUGAUGUCGCCGAACUCCGCCGUCUCUCUGAGCCGCGGCAGCUUCGGCCUGGCGAGGAGGAUGAGGGUGCCCUGGAGGCCCGGCCUCUGCGAGAAGAGGUUCAGCUGCUCGUACUGCGACAAAAGCUUCACCAGGUUCAGUCAGCUCAAAGAGCACCUGAGGAGUCACACGGGCGAGAAGCCGUUCAGCUGCAUGCAAUGCGGUCGCAGCUUCACCAAGCAGUGCAACCUGAUCAGACACGCCGUGGUCCACAGCGGGGAGAAACCCUACGAGUGCUCGCUGUGUGGGAAGUGCUUCACCCAGCGAUCCAGCCUCAAGUCCCACCAAAAAACAGCUCACUGAGAUUACAGGAGUUUGUUUUCUACAUCUGCCUUCUGUGUUUCAUGACUUCAAGAACACAACAUGUUUUUCUGAAGUGUUUAACUGGAGCUUGUUGAUAUUUUUGAUAAAUCGUUUUGUUUUAUUGUUGUGUUGCUCUAAAUUAUAACACAACAUCAGACGAGUAUUAAACUUAACCCUCCGAACCCCAAAACUCGCCGAAGAGUCUGAAAGACAUUUUGUUUGUACAAAUCCCCCAAACUACAAUAUUUAUCAGCGUCGCAAACUGUAAAAACAGAAAGAACAGUCAGAUUUUCAACUUGCUCAACU